AUGAAGCCGGUUUUACAGGCCCUCGCUGCGUUGUGCCUGUUGUUUGCAGGACACGCUGGUGCCGAGAAUCUAUACAGGGUCCCUAUCAAGUCGACGCUUGCGCAAAGGCGUUCCGAUGAGGCGUCCGCUCCCGCGGUCAACGCCGCGUUGAAAGUCAUCACAGCCGUUCAAGCCGGCGAUGACCAGGUUUUCGCGGAUGUCCUCGUUGAUACUGGAAGUGCGAUUCUCUGGGUUGGCGCACUACAGCCAUAUGUUCCCGGGAAAUAUACCCAAGUAAUCAACGAAACAUUCAGCAUUGGAUAUUCUGGAGGUGGUGCCGAGGGAAUAGCAUAUAUCGACCGAGUUACAAUUGGCGACGCGGUCGUAGACUCCCAGAUCAUUGGCGCGGCAAAUUAUUCGGUUGGAUUGCAGAUUGCGAAACCGAUCGACGGAAUUUUUGGCCUUGGCCCUUCCGGUUCGAACGAAGACGAAGUAUCAGGGUAUUAUACCACUCCCACGUUCGUCGAGAACCUAGUCUCGGAAGGAAAGAUUGAUCGCGCACUGUUCGGCAUCUACGUCAGCCCGGUAAGCGAAGAAGGCAUACCAGAAGGUCUUGGAGAAAUUACGUUCGGCGGGGUGGAUGAAAGCAGGUUCCAGGGCGAGAUCGAGUGGCUAGAACAGACUGAGCCGUAUAACCAACACUGGUCAUUCAAUGUUUCCAGCGUUAGUUGGGGUGACCAGCUGCUUGCCGAGCAACCCAUUGAUCUCGCUCUAUUCCCGAUCCUCGACAUGGUGCCGGGAGCAUCGAUUGACUUGACGUCCUUUCUCGAGGGAUGUGCCAUCUUUCCUUCGAAUAUGACGGCUGAGAACUUACCCGACAUCACCAUCGGCGUUGGAAGUCUAAACUUCGUCAUUCCUGCAUCGAGGUACAUCGUUCCGAAGACCUUGUAUAGCGCUCUGAACAUCACGGACGACUUGACCCACACCUACAUCGGUGCUGGCGGCUUUGGCGAAUUUUUCUUGGGGCAGAAGUUCCUCGAGGGCGCGUAUUCGGCGUACGACAUGGAUAAUCAUCUCGUUGGAUUAGCCUACCCCGCGUGA